AUGGCGCAUGCUUCAAAAACCGAAUUACUUUCUCUAUAUAAGAACCUAAUCAAAUCUGCAGUUCGCCAUGAUCGUAGGUAUAAAAUAAUUCAAGAAGUUAAUGAAAUAAACAAAGAAGUAACAUUAUUGAAGUAUGAGAAGUUGAAAUUAGCCAAAAGUCAACAACUAUUGAAGGAUUCGAACAGUACAAUGGCGUUGAAUUUAAAAGCAAUUGAAAAAAAGCUAGUAGAAUUGAAAAAUGCUAACCCUAGCAAAAACCGUGAAUUUUACUUUUCACCUCUAGAAUUUAGAAACCUUAUAAGACCACAUUUUGAAAAGCAAAUAAGGUCUUCAACUGGGCAGGACAUGAUAAACAAGAGAACGUUGGAGCAUUACAAAGACAUAUAUUUAUUUCUAGAUAACCAGAGAGAAUAUGAUGAAUUAUUUGAGAGAUACAAUAUGGGAGAGUUCAAUAAAAUGGCACAAAAUGUCAGAGUUCAAAAGACGGCUAAGAGAGUAGGAUUAGAAGUGCCACUUUAG